AUUAUUUUCUUAAUUUACAAUGAAUUCAAAUCAAUAACACAUUUUACCUCGCCAUACACACAAAAUAAAAUUCACCAAAAUACAUAUAUCGAUUUGCGUGGAUCUUUUAAGUAAAUGUGAAAGGAGUGAUGAUUAUAAUUAAAUUAUUUUAGUUUGAUAACUAAAUAAAUUUGCCGAUAAUAUUAAUUCGAUAACAACAAGUUAACAUAGUUCAAGUGAUUAUUGACGAACAAACGAAAUGAUUUUAAUUUUAUAUCUCACUACAGGUUAAGCUGACAUAGAAGAUUUUUAUUUGUUUUAAUUUGAAAAUUAUUUCUAUAUAUCAGAAAUAGGAGAAAUUGCAAAAUGAACAUUUUGCCAGGGACGGCAUCUCUUCUCGAAGAACUUGACAAAAAACUUAUGGUUUUACUAAGAGAUGGCAGAACUUUAAUUGGAUAUCUUAGAAGUGUUGAUCAAUUUGCUAAUAUUGUACUUCAUCGUACAAUUGAAAGAAUUCAUGUUGGCAAAGAAUAUGGAGACAUCCCAAGAGGAAUUUUUAUUGUCAGAGGAGAAAAUGUUGUCCUUUUGGGAGAAAUAGACAGAGACAAAGAAAGAGAUUUACCAUUGACUGAAGUAUCUGUUGAUGAUAUCUUGGAUGCACAAAGACGAGAGCAAGAAUUAAAACAAGACCAGAAACGACUAAUAAAUAAAACUCUGAAGGAACGAGGUUUAUCAUAUAUUCCAGAUAUGGGUCAUGAUGAUAUGUUCUGACCCAUAUCCACAUCCUUGACUACCAAUACUUUAUCAUCAACAUCUUCACAUAAUUCUGAAACAUGUGAUACAUGUUAUACUUCGCUUUCUUUCUGAUAAUAUUUAAAGGGGACAACUUGUGAGAUGUGAAUAUAUCACAUAAUUGUGAAGAUAAAAAGAAUAAUUAUAUCCUACAAUAGAAUAAUAAUAAUGUAUAUCCUACAAUUUCUUUAUAAAACUAUGAUAUAAUAGUACAAUUCAAAUUUGACAUAUGAGAUGUCAAUAAUAUAAGAAUUUAUAUAGUUUUAGUUUUAUUACAUUAACCCCGUAUUUAGUGUGGAAUAUGUAUCCACUAUAAUUGUAUUGUACUUUUAAAAAUCUUCAAACUUCUACUAUAUACAAAAAUUAUAUUUAAAUAGAAAUCUAUUAUAAUUAAUAGAUAGUCUUUUACUGACUAUAUUAAAUACAUAAAUGAACAUAUUGAUUACAUUUACAGAUUUCUAGUAAUUACAUAUAUAUUUUUCUAUGAUCAGUUUUACAUAUCUUGCUUUGUAUAAAGAAUUCUUGUUUCAAUAAUUCCCUUGUAUUUCAAACUAAAAAUAAAGACGAAUACACAAUAUAAAGAUUUGAUUCAAUAUAAAAGUCAUGUGUAUAAAAUUUAUAUAUUACAUGUUUAAUAAAUUUACAGAAUAUAUUUCUUUAAAAAUGUAAAUCCACAUUAUGAUCCAAAAUAUUUUAUUUAGAAAAUCCAUAUAUAUAUAUAAAACCUAAUUCUCAAAUCAUAAGUAGAUAAUGCGAGAUAAAAUAUUUCAUAUUUUACAAUUUUUUGGCAAUUAGAGUUUCUUUCCUAUAUUUGUUUAUAUAAUACUAAAUAUGGUAUUAUGUUUGACAAUUAAUGAUAUGGAAUGAAUUAUUUAAAUCUGUACAAUAUAUAUAUAUUAUAUUGUACUACAUAUAUCAACAAAUGUAUUAUAUAUAUAAAUAUAUUAAUAAAAUGAGUUUACAGUCA